CUUGAGGUACACAAUUUGGUGUACUCCUACCAUUUUCGAAAAAACAUGCCCUUGGGUUACAGUCCUUGCUCAAUAAAGUUUCCAACGUUACCCCCGUCGGAACCAUGAUUUGAUAUGAACCUUCCAGCUCCUCUUCAACCAUCGUCAUCAUCAAUUCAGGAACACCCAAAACCCGCCAUCCUCAAAAAAUGCAUUGCGCUCUUGCUCUCAUGCGCCUCCUCCACCCACAAGCUCCGGCAAGUUCACGCCUUUUCUCUUCGCCGUGGCGUCCUUCCAUCCAACCCAGACAUGGGCAGGUACUUGAUCUUCACCCUGGUUUCGCUCUCGGGACCAAUGUCGUACGCCCAAAAAAUCUUCGAUCAAAUCCAAAGCCCUAACAUUUUCACUUGGAAUACAAUGAUUAGAGGGUAUGCGGAGAGUGACGACCCGGACCCUGCAAUUCGGAUCCACUCCCAGAUGUGCUUGAACUCCAUUGCCCCCGACACUCACACUUACCCUUUUCUCUUCAAGGCCGUCGCCAAACUGAUGGCUCUCAGGUUUGGGGAGAAGGUCCAUUCCACUGCGAUUAGAAAUGGGUUGGAGUCGUUGGUCUUUGUUCGGAAUGCUUUGGUGCAUUUCUAUGGCGUCUGUGGUCAGGCUGAGAGUGCACACCAACUGUUUGUGACAAUGACUGAGAAGAAUCUUGUGGCUUGGAAUUCGGUGAUUAAUGGGUAUGCUCUUAAUAGCAGGCCAAACGAGACUUUAACUCUUUUUAGGGAAAUGGAGUUGGAAGGUGUUCGGCCUGACGGGUUCACCUUGGUGAGUUUGCUCACUGCUUCAGCUGAACUGGGGGCUCUGGCUUUGGGUAGGAGGGCUCAUGUGUAUAUGGUGAAAAUGGGAUUAGAUAGGAAUUUGCAUGCUGCCAAUGCCCUUCUUGAUCUUUAUUCGAAAUGUGGAGAGAUAAGGGAAGCAAAACAGGUUUUCCAUGAGUUAGAGGAGAAGAAUGUCGUUUCUUGGACUUCUUUGAUUGUCGGAUUGGCUGUCAAUGGAUUUGGUGAUAUGGCUCUUGAUCUUUUUAAGGAGAUGGAGGAGGAAGGGUUCGUUCCAACCGAAAUCACAUUUGUUGGCGUGCUUUAUGCCUGUAGCCAUUGCGGGAUGGUGGAUGAAGGAUUUUCCCACUUUGAGAGAAUGCAAAAAGAGUUUGGAAUUAAGCCGAAGAUAGAACACUAUGGUUGUAUGGUCGAUCUAUUGGGAAGAGCCGGUUUCGUGAAUAGAGCAUAUGAAUACAUCAAAAACAUGCCUUUGGAGCCCAAUGCCGUGAUUUGGAGAACCCUGCUUGGCUCGUCUUCUAUACACAGAAAUUUUGAACUAGCAGAAGUUGCAAGAAACCAACUAAUGCGGAUGGACCCCACGCAUUCCGGCGACUAUGUGCUCCUCUCAAAUCUCUAUGCAUCAGGGAGACGGUGGUCGGACGUGCAUAUGUUGAGGGAAAAAAUGCUUCAAGGAGGGGUGAAGAAAGUGCCGGGCCACAGUCUGGCCGAGUUGGGAAACCACGUGCAUGAAUUCGUCAUGGGAGAUUUAUCACAUCCACAAACGCGACCCAUUUAUGCAAAGCUUGCAGAAAUGACCAAACUGUUGAGGAUUGAAGGGUAUGUCCCUCACACACUGAAUGUGCUUGCUGACAUAGAGGAAGAGGAGAAGGAGACUGCGCUUUCAUAUCACAGCGAAAAAAUCGCAAUUGCUUUCGCAUUGAUCAAUACACCACCCGGGACUCCUAUCAGAAUCUUGAAGAACUUGAGGGUUUGCGCAGAUUGUCAUCUGGCCAUUAAGAUCGUAUCCAAAAUCUAUGGCCGAGAGAUUGUUGUUAGAGACCGGAGUCGCUUCCAUCACUUCACAAACGGCGAUUGUUCUUGUAAAGAUUAUUGGUAAUCUACUCUUUGUUCUUCACUCAACUGUGAUGAUCACUGUCUCUUUGUCACUUGACUCACUUCAGAAACAAUAAUCUAUCAUUCGGUUUAAGUACACCAUAAUACAGUGUGUGAUUAAUUUUAAUAGCCCGUGUGAAACAAAUUGUGCAUUUGUUCUACAAUAUGAAAUGGCAUGUAGAGGCAUACGGGCACCUGAUGGAUUCAGUUCACCCAAGGAUAGAAAUCAGUUCAUAGACAAGGAAAAUAAAACUGGCCUCAUUCAUUAGAAAUGGUAAAUCCGGCGGGUCAAGACUUUUGGCUUAGAAGUUGUUCUCUUUGUCUGAUCUGAUUGGUUCGGCCACCUACUCAACUGGAUGGACUUGUAUCAUUGUAGUGCUUGUGUGUGCAAUUAAUUGCCCUCUUCCACACUAGUACUUCAAAGAGUGCGGAGAGCUUGAUUCUUGAAGAUGCGGGGUAACUUAU